ACUGUAAUUCCUUUCAGUUUAAGCAAAUGGCGUCGUACGGGUGGAUAUCGUUGCGUCAAAUUUCACAAAUCAUGAAUGAAUUCUAAGUGCCGUCGCGCAUUUCUCAUGAAUUAAGAAUAUUAUCAGUUCUGUAAGUUGCGCCAAGCGCAUAUCAAACAAUGAACGAAGUAAGCGGAGGAAAACAAGAUAUACCCAAUACCUCGAAUUGGGAAACUUUAUCGGGGCAAUCGGUGUCAUCGUUGCCAGUCAUGCAUCAUCACCAUCAGACGCUACAGCAAGAUGCAAAUUCGACAAUGGCGCAAGUUAUAGUUCCUACACCUGUGAAACUCCAAACACCCAUAUUAACACCGACGCAAACUGUAGCCGAUCAUUGUCCUCAAAUUGGUCACAUACAACAAUCACCCUUGAUAACUCAGGGUACACCACCGGGAAGCUUUCCGGAACUCGAGUUAUCUGUGGAACUUCAACAACAAGGUUGGAAAAAAUUUUGGAGCAAACGAGAAAGUCGGCCAUAUUUCUGGAAUAAGUUGACUGGAGAAUCUCUGUGGGUAGUACCUUCUUUGAAACCUCAGUUUGAUCCAAUCACGGAUCCGCUUGGUAUUUGUGGUGUACCACCUCCACCUGGAAAUGGAACUAUUCCACCUAGUACACCGGGAGGUACAUUGAAGCGGAGAGCAUCGGAAGACGGGACUACUCCACCAGCAAAGAAAUUUAUAUUGGCGGGUCCAUGGGAUCUGGAGAUACCUACGAAUGUUAUAAUAUACGAGAGAGCGCCGUCAAGUUUGCCGCAUGUUCAUCCCGAAGCGGAAGCUCUGCGCUGUGCAUUAUUAGCGAAAUUACGGCAAUGUUAUCAAGAGUUAUGUCAUACUCGUGAAUGUAUAGACGCGCCGAAAGAUUCUUUCAAUAGAUGGCUGAUGGAACGAAAGGUCAUUGAUUGUGGCUCGGAUCCGCUGCUACCGAGUCAAUGCUUUCCCGAAAUUUCUAUGUCUAUGUAUCGCGAGAUCAUGAACGAUAUCCCCAUCAAAUUGGUGAGGCCAAAGUUCACGGGUGACGCGAGGAAACAAUUAUCGCGUUACGCCGAAGCUGCGAAGAAGAUGAUAGAAUCCAGAGCGGCGUCUUCGGAAAGUCGGAAAGUGGUUAAGUGGAACGCGGAGGACACUUUUCAAUGGUUAAGAAGAACGGUAGGCGCCACGUUCGACGAUUUUCAGGACAGGCUUGCUCAUCUAAAGCGACAAUGCCAGCCGCAUCUCACAGAGACUGUUAAAGCCAGUGUGGAGGGUAUAUGCCUGAAAAUUUAUCACCUAUCGACGGAAUACGCGAAGAAAGUAAAAGAUAAGAACAAUCAAAUUCUCAAGGAUAAUGGUCUAGGAGACGUUAUACCCUUAGGAGGUCCGGCUAGUACGCAGAGAAAGGUUUGGUGUUACCCAGUGCAAUUCUCUCUCCCCACACCGAGACUUCCGCAAGUGGAUUAUCUCCCAGAACGCGAGCAAACGAUGUUGCGCUUUCAUGGUGACACCAUGUAUAUCAACAACACACACCUCACCAAACUGGAACAUUUGUAUAGGUACAACUGUUUCGACGAUAAAAAGUUCGAAAUGUUUCUGCCACGCGUUUGGUGUAUGCUGAAACGUUAUCAGACAUAUUUUGGAAUCAACGAAGGCCAAGCGACUCAGAUGGCUCUCCCAGUUACAGUUUUUGAAUGUCUUCAGAGAUCGUUCGGCGUUACGUUCGAAUGUUUUGCUUCGCCCCUAAAUUGUUACUUUCGGCAGUAUUGUUCAGCAUUUGCCGACACAGACUCUUAUUUCGGAUCAAGGGGACCGUUUUUGGACUUUAGGCCGGUCAGCGGCUCGUUUCAAGCAAAUCCGCCCUACUGUGAGGAACUUAUGGAAGCCAUGGUCAAUCAUUUUGAGCGCUUAUUGGCCGAUUCGGCGGAGCCCUUGUCGUUUGUGGUAUUUUUACCGGAGUGGCGAGAUCCAGCUCCUAACGCGCUCAUAAAACUUGAAGGCAGUCAUUUUAAACGCAAACAAGUAGUGGUGCCUGCUAUGGAACACGAAUACAGACACGGAUUUCAACAUAUUCUUCCAAAAGGUGAAGUGAACAUCCGAGCAGUACACGGUACGCUGGUUGUAUGGUUACAAAAUCCAGCUGGCGCAGGACGAUGGGGCCCCACGGAGGAGCGAGUUGAGGCCUUAUUGGAAGCCUGGCGACCCGGUCGGGAACGGGAGAGGGACAGACAAGAACUCCUUUCCCCGCCGAGGCAAACGCAUCAACCGAUACCAUCGACGCCAGUACCUGUACCCACAACACCAGCUGUAACAACGCCGACUGUGCCACCCGUACAGACACUACCCAGUCAUUCUGUAUAAUUGUUAAAUGAUCUUCACAAGAAAAACAUAUAAAUAAUUUCAGCGUCUGGAA